GCAAACUGCGUCGUUUGUUUAUGAUAAUAAUAACUUAGUAUCAUCUAAAUAACUCACACGCGCAGAUCGGCAGUGUGUUUGGCAUCGAAUGACCUAUAUCCAUAUCCGUAUCCAUCAUAACCGUGAAUAUGCCGAUGUAAAAUGAACGCAUUGCGCAAUAUUUUUACGUCGCGUACCCUCAACUAUCUACGCCAGAAUGGACAGAAUGCGAUCCUCAAUGCCACACAACAGGGACCAGUGGCGCUGUCCGAUGCCGAUGCGGACAAACCGCUGAAUGAAGUCCAACGAUCGACGCUAUCCAUUCCGCGUUCCAUCCUCGACGCCUGUCGCUUUACGGCCAAGCCGUUCGAGAUUACGGGCAGUGUCGCUGGAGCCAAGCCAAAGGGCUCCUUAUCGCCGACAACGUUGAAACGCUUCCGGCGUAUGCAACGACGCAUGGAGAUCGUGUACCUCUGCAAGUUGUGCAACACACGCAACACGAAGACCAUCAGCGAGGAGGCCUACAACAGUGGCGUGGUCAUACUCCAGUGCGAUGGCUGUGCCGUCGAUCACUUGAUCAAGGACAAUCUGGGCCUCUUCUCCAAUAGGGAUGGCAGCAGCAGCGCCAGCGGAGGCAGCUGGAAUAUCGAUGAGAUCCUAUCGAAUCGCCAGGAGAAAGUGCGCAUCAUCAAAGUGAAUGAGCAUGGUGAACUAAUCUAGUUCUAGUCAGGACAGCGAUGCAGAGUCAUCGUGUCGUCAACACUUUUGGAACAUGAAGGAGAAGAAAAAUAACCGAAGAACCAACUUAAGCCUCAAUUUUUUGACUUGUUAUGUUUUGUUGUAUACAUUAUGAGAGCCGACGGCUAAAUAUAAUUUGUUAUCGCGGGUCAAACCAGCCAUGAGUAACUCAAAUA